GUCUGGGCUGUCUGGCUUUCCCUCCAAUUUUCCUGCCAGUCUUCCUUGCUCAGGUUGGACAGGUCCAACCCAAGCAUAGCAAGCAUAGCAAGCAUAGCAAGCAUAGCAAGCAAUGUCUGCCCGGCUCAUGCGCCUGGUGCCCCUUGCCGGGCUCCUCCUGGGCCUGCUCCUCACCUUCUAUUACCUGUACAGGGGGGUCGCAGCCCCGUCAGCAGCCACUGGCCUAGAGGAGACCACUCGGCACAAUAAUAUCGACCUGUCGCAUCUUUCAGCCACUCAUCACCAAGUCUUUUCCGCAUCGACCCCAAACCAGAAAUAUUUCCACAUUGAUUUCAAUGAACGAGAUGGCUUCAACCCCAGCGUUAUCCCCCACCCCGUGCUAGACGACAGAUGGAUCAUCACCGCGCAACUGGCGCGCAACCGCUCGGAGACCGAGCCUCUCUCUGUCUGGAGCGCCGAGCUGGUCUGUACCGCAGCCUUCCAGAACCAAGGUCGCACGCUGCGCUGCGUUGACCAGCCGCUCAUCCUCCCCAUCGCCGCGACGGCCACUGACCCGACGCGCUGCAAUGGGGAGCUGGAGUUUCUCUGGGUGAGCCUGGGGCCACACGAUGCGCGGAUCUUCUACGGACCCGACCGACCGUAUGCGGUAUAUGGGUCGAACUCGCAGCACACGUGUUUCGGACAGUGGGUGCUGGACUUUCGCGUGCUGGUCGACUGGCCGGGCGAGGAGAUCAUUCAAAUCCCCACCUAUCGACACCCAGUCGAGCUGCAGCGACCCCUGCUGUCGGGGUACUCUGCCAUCGAGAAGAAUUGGUUCCUGUUCUGGGACAUGCACGGGACAGCGUACGUGCACUACGAUGUGGCGCCCACGCGAGCCUUCUCGCAGCUGCUGAGCAUCGCCGAUGGCUCUGUCGGUCCCAAUCUGGCGGCCAAUGCCGCUCCAAUCGACGAGCGCUGCUUGCAGAAAUACUUGCCUGUCCUCACAGACUUAACCCACGAGUCGAUCCACCAGGCGACAAAUUCCCUGGCGAUCACGCUCUGUGAACGCGCCGAUCCCAGCUGCCAGCCCAGCGAAGAUAACACGUUUGUCUUCAUGAUCUUCCAGCACAAGAAGUACGUGGCCUUCCACAGUGUGUACGAGCCGUACGUCAUGUUGUUCCGCCAGCGUGCACCGUUCGAGGUGUUUGGUGUUUCCACCAAGCCACUCUGGAUUCACGGGAGGGGGUCCUCGAGUGUGGGGGUCGAAGAGGAUCAGCAGCAGUCGGAGAUGUUGUAUGUGACCUCCAUCAGCUGGAAGCAGGCGGGUCAGCGCUAUCAUGGGUACAUCGACGAUGUGAUGUUUUUGGGGUUUGGGCGGGAAGACUCCCACUCGGGAGGCAUCGAUGUGGUCGCGCGGGACUUGCUCGAUGGGCUGGGGUAUUGCUUCGGUUGAGGUGCUGUGCUGUGAUGCUAUGUUCUGUAUGAUAUGAGACAACGACAUGCUCUCUAGAGGGCAAAUAGAUUAAUUGCUGGACCACUGCAC